CCAAGUCCCAGUCCGCUUCUCCGUCAGCGUCAGGCAACCGCAGCCGCACCCCUCCCCUCCCCUCCCCUACCGACCACCUCAGCGCCGGAGACUGCACGCCCAUCACGCCGGCGCACGCGCUCGCUCGCUGACGGGCUCCUCCUCCCCGUGCCCGUCGCCAAAUCGACCCGCCCCCCAGCGCCUCACGCUUCCCCGCAGCACGAGCUAGAAGGAAUCCACUCAUUCAGCAGCAGCAGCAGCGGGUGAGCAGAGUCCACCGGGGCCCCAAUGGCCUCCGCCGGAAGCUUCGGGAGGCUCUCUCUUCUCCUCGCGCUCUCGCUGUGCUCCGCGCUCGCAUCCACGGUCCCCGGCGAGGCUCCGAGGAGGUUCUGGAUCGAGGGCGACGCCUUCUGGAAGGACGGGGCACGGUUCCAGAUCGUCGGCGGCGACGUGCACUACUUCCGCAUUGUCCCCGAGUACUGGAAAGAUCGCCUUUUAAGGGCUAAGGCACUGGGCCUGAACACAAUUCAAACAUAUGUUCCUUGGAAUUUGCACGAGCCGGAACCACAGAGCUGGGAAUUCAAGGGUUUCGCUGACAUUGAAUCGUAUCUAAGACUUGCUCAAGAAUUAGAAAUGCUCGUCAUGCUUCGUGUAGGUCCAUAUAUUUGUGGAGAAUGGGAUUUAGGGGGAUUUCCACCAUGGUUGCUCACCAUAGAACCAGCCCUUAAACUGCGAUCAUCAGACUCAACCUAUCUUUUCUUGGUAGAGAGAUGGUGGAGAGUCUUGCUCCCAAAAGUAGCACCACUGUUAUACGAGAAUGGAGGUCCAAUUAUCAUGGUGCAGAUUGAAAAUGAAUUUGGUUCAUUUGGAGAUGACAAGAAUUACCUUCAUUACCUUGUUCAGUUGGCCAGACGAUAUCUGGGGAAUGACAUUGUUCUGUAUACAACUGAUGGGGGCACUACUAAUACCUUAAAGAAUGGAGCAAUUCUUCAAGAUGAUGUCUUCGCUGCUGUUGAUUUUUCAACUGGUGAUGAUCCAUGGCCAAUAUUCAGAUUACAGAAGAAAUAUAACUUACCGGGAAAAUCAGCCCCUUUAAGUGCGGAAUUUUAUACCGGAUGGCUAACACACUGGGGUGAGAGUAUUGCCACAACAACUGCCAGCAGCACAGCUAAAGCUCUUAAAAGUAUUCUAUGCCGCAAUGGUUCUGCUGUACUCUAUAUGGCUCAUGGAGGGACAAAUUUUGGGUUUUACAAUGGAGCAAAUACUGGUCAAACUGAAUUCGAGUAUAAGGCAGACCUCACAUCUUAUGAUUAUGAUGCGCCAAUUAAGGAGCAUGGAGACGUGCAUAAUCCCAAAUACAAAGCAUUGAGAAGAGUAAUACAUGAAUGCACUGGCACACCUCUGCAUCCACUUCCUGCCGACAUUGAAAGAGCAAGUUAUGGGCUUGUGAAAUUACAAAAGGUUGCUUCUUUCUUUGACAUAUUUGAUAAGAUCUGUGAUCCACUGAAAGUGGCUGUUUCAGAACAGCCUCUGUCUAUGGAACUGACAGGCCAGAUGUUUGGGUUUCUACUGUAUGUGUCGGAAUACCAAGGAAAAGGUCCUUACAGCAUCCUAUCAAUUCCAAAGGUACAUGACAGAGCCCAGGUGUUUGUGUCAUGCUCACUUGAUGACGUCAGAAAUCAAAUAUAUGCUGGCGUUAUUGAAAGAUGGUCUAGUAAAACCCUACAGAUACCAACCUUAAACUGCUCUUCUAAUAUCCGCUUAUCUAUCCUGGUAGAAAAUAUGGGCCGUGUAAAUUAUGGGCCAUACAUUUUUGACCAGAAGGGGAUAUUAUCUACUGUUGAAAUAGAUGGUGUGACUCUCCAUCACUGGAAAAUGUACCCGUUAUCGUUCAAUUUACUGGACAACCUUUCGAAAUUCCAACCAAUCCAGCAGAUCACUGAUGCCAGAGCUAGCAAAGUGUCCAGUCAUGGUGGUUCACAAACUAAGCUACGUGAUUUGUCAUUCUAUCUAAAUGGCAAUUCAGAAGAGCCAGAAUUUUAUGAAGGCCAUUUCCACAUUGACUCCAAUAGCACGAUAAAGGAUACAUUCAUAUCAUUCCGUGGUUGGAACAAAGGGGUUGCUUUUGUGAACAACUUCAACAUCGGAAGGUUCUGGCCGGUAAUGGGACCGCAGUGCGCUCUUUAUGUUCCUGCUCCAAUCCUCAGAUCUGGAGACAACAUUGUUGACAUGCUUCGGGACCCGGCGGGCAACGUAAGUAAGCUGGCCGAGUUCAUGGGGUGCGCGUUCUCCGCCGAGGAGGAGGCCGCGGGGGUGGUGCGGGACAUCGUGGAGCUGUGCAGCAUCGACGCCUUGAAGAACCUGGAGGCGAACAAGGACGGUGGUCAAUCGUACGUGAAGAACGAGUCCUUCUUCCGGAAGGGGGUCGCCGGGGACUGGAGGAACCACAUGACGCUGGCGAUGGCUGUGCGGCUGGACAAGAUUGUCGAGGAUGCACUCCAAGGGUCGGAGUUCACCUUCAACACCAUGGCCGACCGGUAGGCCGGCAGGGACGAUCGAUGUUGAGAAACUAGCACGGCCGGGCCGGCUGGUCCAUGAACACAAGGAGUGAAGCCAGCAGAAGGAAUGUCGAUGUUCAGUUGUGUUCAUGUAAGGGUAAAAACUAUACAAGCUGGCAGCCAAAGCUCAAGUAAAA